AGAGGCGUAAGAGCGUCUGUUUCCUGUUCCAGGUCAACACUAUCCUUCACAAACAGGCGAAAUGUUGACCCGAUUGUCACGGUUCGGCCCUGCUUUCCAGCAGUUAUUGUCUAAUCCACCGGCUCGGUUCGUCUCCCAGUCCAAACCGAGCUCAGGCGCUGGUUCGACCGCUGUGACGGAGCUGCACCCUGCCGGGCAGACGGCUGGACACGGUGAGGUCAGCCAGUAUGUCAAGAAUCCAGAUUACCAUGGCUUCUCCAGCGACCCUGUGGUGGAUGAGUGGAACAUGAGGGUGGGCUUCUUCUUUGGCAUCUCUGUGGCUCUUGUAAUUGGUGGAACAUUUAUCCACUAUUUACCCGACCAUGGCAUGAGGCAGUGGGCCAGAAGGGAGGCAGAGCGUUUGAUCGAGCAGAGAGAGAAAGAGGGUCUUCCUCUCAUAGAGGAGAACUACUUCGACCCAAACAAGAUAGUUCUGCCCACAGCUGGAGAGGCAUAGGAUGUCCAAAAUCCACUCACUGUACUUCAUGAUUAUUGUAUUUCACUAUAAUAGAAUAAAUUAUGUAAUUAUUA